UUCGGGCAGGUCUCGGCUGCACUGAUGACGCUGUGCGAAAACCUGUUCUGUUCCCGCCGCCAGCCUCCCGGACCCACCGCCCCACCUGCGCUGCGGAUUCCAUGACACUGUGUGGGGCAAUAAAAACAAACAGAACGCUUGGCGGCCGCGCCUGCCCUGCCACCUGAGCGGCCAACUGUAAAAGUGGGCCGCCAGCGAAGAAGAAGCAGCAGCAACAACACGGCGACAGCAGCGCCGGCAGAGGCAGAAGCAACCGAUUGGAUUCAAAAGAUUUCACUUUUCGACUGGCGACUCAACGGAGCGGAGCUAAAAAAAAAACAGAUUUUCCCCCAACCAGCAAGUCGUGCGCCUAAUAAUUGCGGUUUUGUACCUGAGAAAAUCAAAGCUCGAGAGCAAACAGCCAGAAUGUACCGCGCCAGGGGAUUACGGAUUAUUAUGCAACGGUUGCAUCAAAGGAUUCCCGUUUCUGGAGAGCUGCAUCCGUCCGCCGUUGCGCCUGCGCUGAAAACUUUCACUUCGCAGCAGCAGCAGCAUCACCGUUGGACGUCAACGUCGACUGCGGCGGGUAAGCAGUCGGCCAACGUCCAGGUGACUCCUCCGCCGCGCCACGACUGGAACCGGGCUGUCAGCGAGGCGGAGAGGAUCGUGGGCUAUCCCACCUCCUUUCUCAGUCUGCGAUGGCUGCUAAGCGAUGAGAUCGCCAAUGUGGCGCUUCACUUGCGCAAGCUGGUGGGCAGCGCACAUCCUUUGAUGAAAACAGCCAAGCACCUGCUCUACAAUGGCAAGAACACUAUGCAAGCCUGGGGACUGAUUGUGCUUCUUGUGUCCAAGGCAGCAGGACAUGCACCCAGCGUGCCCGAUGUGGAGCAGGACAAGAGUGCUGGCGUGCUUCAUUCUCAACGGGCCCUAGCUGAGGUUACUGAAAUGAUUCGUAUCUCUCAUCUGGUGCACAAUAGCGUGGUAAAUCUGCAGUCAAGCACUCAGGCUGGCCAAGAUGGGGCCACCUACGACGACAUGUCCUUUGGCAACAAGAUCGGCCUUUUGACCGGCGACUACCUGCUGGGCCACUCCAGCGCAGAGCUGGCGAACUUGCGCAACCAGGAGGUGGUGGAAUUGAUCUCGUCGGCAGUGCGCGACUUUUCCGAGUCGGAAUUCAUCGGCGAAAGGGAUGAACAAAACAAUCCGUUGCCGUACAAGCCGGGUACGUUCCAGCGGCCAUCGCUGAGCGUUGGCGUAGACUUUAACGAACACGAUGUAAUGACGCCCAUGCCGAUCGCCCAAGUUCUUGGCAAUCCGGAACAGGAAUGGGAAUGCCGGAAUAUACUGAAUGCCGGGAGUUUGCUGGGCAAGUCCUGUCAGGCAUCGCUGAAGUUGGCCGGCCAAAGUGAGGAGCUCCAGCGACAUGCUUAUCGCUUUGGCAAGCAUUUGGCUUUGGCUUGGCAGGCUUGCCUCGACGCCGAGCCCUUCCAGUGUCCCACCCUGCCGCUGGAUGCCACUUUCAGUUUGGUCAGUGCUCCAGUUCUAUUCCACUUGGAGCAUGAUCCAUCAAUCUACGCCCAGCUGGAGGCGGGCAAGCAAUCGGUGGAUAAUAUUGAUUACGAUAAGAUUCACAAGGCAAUCCUGGCUGGCCCGGCGUUGGCAAAGACCAAGGAACUGCAACGGAAGCACACGGCUGCGGCUCUUGCCGUUCUUCAGCACUUUCCGGCCACAGAUGCUCGACAGGCUCUGGAGAACAUUAUUCUGGCCAUGCAGGAUCUUUGAUUCACAGCGAAAUCUUUUCCACGGGUUCUGGGCUUAAGUUUAGUUGUAUUUAUUCCAUUUGGGUCACCACCUCCUCCAUGAAAGCAAAAAAUGUAUGACUAAUCUAAGGGUUUUCGUACUUACAAUUUGAACUUUGAAAUUUGUAAAAAUUGUUAAUUCGAGUACAUUAGGUGCAAAGUAUGAAAGUUCCAAGAAGUCCCAUUGUUAGUCAAUAUAUAUUUGUACUUUUUAUAUUGUUAAACAA